AUGAACGCAACGUGGCUGCAGCAAGUGACACCGGCAGACGAGUCGAAGCACGAAACCAUGCCAACGCUGGAGCUCACUGCAAGUAGACACCGACUGGCAACCAUCAUGAAUACGGAUGAAGUUGCGGCUGCUGCAGUACUGAUGGGACAAGCUACAGCAGCCAGCAAGAGCUCGCUUGCCUUCAUCUUGGAUGGCAAUAUGGACGAGGACCAGGCCCAUUCGACUGGCGCCAGCUUUGCUGAUCUCAAGGUUGAUUCAAGUGUUUCUGCAACGGAGAACAGGUCUGUAAACGUGCCAACUUUUGCAGGAGCAAAAGGUGCUGUAAAAAAAUCGCGUAUCUGUAAGUUUGACAAUUGCACGCGUUACGUGGUCAACCGUGGGCUUUGUAUUGGUCACGGCGGUGGCAAGCGAUGCGCUGUCGUUGGGUGCACGAGUAGUGCUAAAAAUUUGGGUGUGUGUUGGAAACACGGUGGUUCCACCAAGUGCACAAUGACUGGAUGCGAAAAUCGUGCCAAGUCUCGUGGCGUUUGCUGGUCACAUGGUGGAGGCCGCAAAUGCAGUGACGAAAACUGCACCAAGACGGCAGUCUCUCACGGUCUUUGUUGGGCUCACGGAGGAGGCAAACGAUGUGUUGUAGAAGGCUGCCGUAAGCCUGCGUACGAGCGCAAUGGCAACGUUUGCUCCCUGCAUCAAGCUACUAAAGCUAGUGCUUUGCGACAGUCAGAAGAGCGAUGA